AUGGCCAAAAACUACAGAGUCCUCCCUCCUCCAGUGUUCCCUGUGUCAGACUCCAGCCUCUGUCACUUCUCCGGUUGGUACUCGCAGCUCAGACAGCUCCAGAACAAACCACAGAACAAUGGGCUUGUUUUUCUUUCUUUCGGAACAGCCUCAGGAAAAGAGGACAUGCCCAUGCAGCUCUGGACCUGCCUGGACCUGUCUGGACCCUUCUGUACCUGCCUGGACCCGCCUGGACCUGCCUGGACCCACCUGGACCCUUCUGUACCUGUCUGGACCCGCCUGGACCCGCCUGGACACGCCUGUGCUCCUCCAGUGAUGAUCAGAAAGAGCCACAGCUCACAGUCCUGUCCUCAGACUGUGUACAUGACGGCGGCAGCAGCUGCGGCUCCUAUGCAAGGGACCUACAUCCCCCAGUACACUCCUGUGCCUCCUACAGCCGUGCCCGUCGAGGGAGUGGUGACAGACUCUCCGCAGACCGUGGCGCCCUCGUCGCAGGAAGUGAGCGGACAGCAACAGAUGGACUCUGACCACGUCCCGGCGUACUCCUACCAGUCCAAAUAA